AUGUUAACUAUCCCACUACCUUUGUCCCUUGUUUAUUUUCGCACUGUACUCCUCAUUACUGCGUUUCCUUGCAAUUAUUUCGCCUGCGCGAACGACACCGAACGUCUUCCCCCCUUUUUUCUUUGCCUUCGCACAGCUUCACGCAUGUCACAAAGAUCGAGGAAAGUUCCCACGGAAGGUGGUGUUUUAUCUGUUAACAGCGGAAGCGGUCUUGCAAUAUGGAACGAAUUACAGAUACAACAGGAAAAUUGGGGCGGUAAUUUGGGUUUGCCGGCGAGGGAGCCUGGUGCCGUAGUGGAACUCGCCAGCACAGAAGGGAAAAUUGUAGUGUCGACCGAUCCGGAGCAGCGUAACAUUUUCAAGGAGUGUAUUUUGGGUUUGAGUGGUUCUGUAGGGGAUAUCACGUGUACAGAUUUCGAGGUGAAUUGGAAGCGACCGGUGGAGAUAUUCGCUCCGUUUCGCCCUCUAGUGCACCGUAAUGUGACUCCCUUUUUUGAUCCGUACGAUACGGAGCGGGUGAUUGGUAGUAGGGUUCCAGCUAUGACGUCUCCUUCACGAAGGGCGGAUUCAAAAUCAAGUGCGGCAGCAAUUCCUUUGCACAUUCAGUUCCCUGAGAUUGUGACGACCGCAGAGUUUCCCACUCCUGAAGCCCCUGCCACUGAAUCACUGGCUUUCUCUGAGGAGGGGGUUGUUGGGCAAUACCGCAAGGUACAACCUCUAACGCAGGCUUAUGAUGUCGGCCUUGAAUUGGGUUGCGCAGCAACGCCUGCGGAGGCUUGCGGGUCGCGCUACAGCACGGACCUUCGCCGCCGGCUUAACCAAGCGGAUGCUAUUUCUCGCUUGUCAGAACCUCCACCGUUUGUGAUGGACGCUUUCAACACUGCAAUCCGAUUUGUUGAGAGUGAACAGAACAUCUUAACGAAGGGGAACUACUUGUGGGAGCUGAUCCACCCACAUGCCCCAGGGACGUGCCACCCGGUUUACAACCCAUAUGGAAAAUACGUUGUUCGACUUUUCAUUGACGGCUACUUUCGUCAAGUGCCGAUUGAUGACUAUCUCCCCGUGGAUGCUCUUGGUCGGCCAUUUUUCAGCGUUACGGCGCAAAAAGAAAUUUGGCCGGCACUCAUCGCGAAGGCUCUCUUCGUGGCUUUGGGCCCAAACAGACAUUUACUCUUUACUGACUCGGAGGCCAUCAUCGCAUGUUUGUUAGGUGAAUGGGUGCCGCAGCGUAUUAACCCUCGAACUCAACCCGCAACGGCAUGUGCACUGUUAUUGAAUGCCCGAAAAGAUCAGUUGUACAACGACAGUGACGCGACGCACUUCUCGGCGUCCCAGGUGCUCACUCCGGACAAGGAUAAGGGUGUUUCAGUGAGCACACAAGAACAGUGUAACACAUCUCCUUGGGUGGAUAACCAAAUUAAUGAGAGACCGGCUAGCCAAAGUAAGCGGGCGUCAAGACUGGAGACAUCCUUUGCAAACGGCGCGAACAGUCCCUUGAGUUACGACAUAUCGGUUACUAACGUUCCAGCCGUUCCUGAGACUCCGGUUAUUUGUGCUGUUGGAGUUCUGCCACAUGACAUGCGGAAAUUGUACGUAAUACACAAAGUAGUUGUUUUUCGGGAUACCCUGGCCCUGAAAAUUUCGACGAACCCACCAUCAAGCAUUAUAGAACCGAAGGAGCUCACACUAGAUAAUAAAGACGAGGCAGUGCAGGGCUUGCUGCACCAUCCAUCUUGCGGUGAUUUGGAUCAAAGGGGAACCGGUUGGGCGGCAUCUCAAGAAUCAGCGGUGGCGUCAUCCGCGUUUUGGGUCACCUUUGAGGAAUUGGCAGAGUCACUAGACAUAAUAAUUUGGCGGCAACUAGGUCAAGAGAGUCCAUUUACAUUUAAUAGUCGAAUUACCUAUACAGAUACUUCAAGUCAUCCCAGGAAAAAGGGUGCCGCUUCUGCUGCAGCCGCUGCAACUACUGUGGCACGACAGACUGUCGUUCGGUGGAUGCACAUAUCAUCCAAAGCCCCAGAGCAGAUUGCCAUUGUUAAUCUUGGGGGAAGCGCAUCAUGUCGUGCUGCAAGUGCUGUAAUUGGUUCUCCCACCCCUUCUUUAUUGGCUGCGGCGCACCAAACUCCGGCGCUGUCGAUGAUGGGGAGCGAAUCGAGCCAGCUGAAAGCAUUAUCGGGAGAAGGGAGGGAGGUGCAUCUCGAUUUGUACAGGUGGGAUCGAGGUGAUGUGUUAUGUCGUGCGGCCUCUUUUGCGUGCGAACCGAGUAGGCUAGAAUGCAUGCUCCACACUGUACCGGCCGGUUCACAUGUGUUUCGCGUGACGGUUGUUGGACUAGAACCCCAGGAAGUAGUGGGCCUGUUUUCGACACGGAAUUUUAUACUAGGAGACGAAAAGGAAGCUCUUCGCUCAGCUAAUAUAUUCAAAAUGAGUGAUGCAGGUGCUCAUCCCGGGGUGGAAAAACCCAAUGAAGAAGUUAUAUGGUUUAAGCACCGCUUUGCGGUGAAGGAACCAACAAUUGUCUCCUUUGUUUUGAGCACGCUCGAAAGCGGUGAAGAGCUUUCGAUGUACCGAGAUAUGCCUGGGGCUAGCGGGAAAGAGUCGAAGGGAGUUAAAACGCGCAACACAAACGUAAGGUUACAUUCAAAGGAGGCUGCCGAGGGUUCCCCCCCGCGGGGGGCGCACGCAGAAAUUAUACCGUACUGCAACGUUUUGUUGGUGGAUUUGGACGCGGGUACUUCAAAGCGUGGGGCGGUAGGCCAUCUCGUGCGGCAGCGUAUUGAACCCAAUCAGAGGGGAUAUCUUGUUAUGGCCUAUGCGUUGGUUGAGGCGGACUCCAUCUCAUUUUCGUUGAAACCGGCAGAUUUGUGUGCCGACUCUCCUUUAGAAUAUGGCUCGCCACGUGAGAAGGAAACCAAUGGUCUCUCUCCAUGCGGCGACAAAGGCCCCUUAACCCCCUUUGGAGUGAGACCGCAUCUCUUUUCAAAGGGAUGGUGGCGGCUUGUGGUGCUUUCUAGCGUUCCAUUAGAUUCAUACAGGGCAAUACCCAAAGAUACGUGGUCGUUUGCCGAAAAGGGGCAACUUAAGCAAGGAUCUAACGCCCUGCUCUUUUCCUACGCAUGCACCGUGUCGGAUCGUACGGAUAUUACUUUACUUCUUGAUGUUCACUCACAGAGACCCAUUCCGUUUCGUAUCAAAAUAUUUCGUGCCGGUGUUGAAGGUCCACCAGUGUUUGUCUCCGAGGAGUGUGUUAACCACCUCUUUGUCCCACACGUUGCUGUGGACGUUCCUGAAAAGGUGAAAAACGUCGCGUAUAUUAUCGAGGCGUGGUUAGAUAAGGAGAAGGUGGAGGAGUGGGAGCGUAUGCGUCGUCUGUCUCAGGAGUUAAAGUUUCUGCUUGCGGCUGAAGCAGCCAGAGUGAAGGCGGAAAUGAAGCAACAGAAGGAGCUUCAGGAGUAUCAUGAGGAUCCUCGUGCUUUUAAAGAACGUCUUUUGAAUCAAGAGAUGGGACCGGUCGAGAACCUUGUUCCGACUCCUUUAAGGGAACAAAUGUCAGUGUCGUCUAAAAAAGGUCGACCAUCUGUAGAUAAGCGCAGGACGCUGAGUAACGCUGCGCCCAGUAGGCAAACGAUUGUGAGGACCUCUGUAACACCCUCCACGCCAGCCAGUGCCGUCGCCGUCCACAUCGAUUCUAUUGAUCCCGAGCUUGUGGUAACUUAUGACCUCAGGCUCUAUUUUUCCGCAAAAACUGAUGUCAAGUGUGUGGCCACUGGUAAGGAUCCUCUGACGACUAUGCGGGGCCUUUGGGUUCCACCAAUUGAUCCUCUUUUUGGGGAAGCCCCUCCGCUCUCCGGUGGUCGCUCGGGAGGGCAGCGUGGGAAGCAGAAGGAUUCUUCUCCAUCUCCUGAAGAAUUAUACAAGGCGGAUCAGGGCCGUUUGAGCCGUCAAAAUUUUCUUGAAAAUCCCAGGAACCUCCUUUUUCCAUAUCUUCCACAGGGUGAAAAGAUACGAGGGGUUGAGGAGAGCGCGCCGAACGCAUUAGCAAGCACCCCUUCCAUAGCGUUAGUGGUUGGGGUAGAGGAUGAGCCCAACUUUUUGCAUGCCCCUAUUUUGGAUGAAUCAGCCCAUCGUGUUCAACAUUUCUCUCUGUACGCUACGGAAGUGGUACCACCAACGCACGGUUCACCAACGCAGAGCGCUUCCGGUGUUCCUUUUCUGCGAACUCGGUCCCCCAACGGCCGAAUUGCACCGCCAACCUUUGGGAACAAUCCGCCUCCGACGGAUGAUGACGCUCUUGCAAUUGAACUGAAGACGCCGGUAAACGAAGUGUGUUUGUGGCUUGGUGAGGAACUCAGGCGGCAAGAGGAAAGACGUGCGGAAUGCAGAAAUGGAAUAAAAACCCUAAUGCGCGAAUAUUGGGAAACUCGAAAACCCGGAGCCGCAGUACUGGCGCUUCCCCAUGCGAGGGAAGAUGAGGGCAACAAACGACCGAGACCACGCUCGAAGAUGUCGAGCUAA